AUGGCGAGUGCAACUGAGGUUUGUGGUUCUGUAUCAUUCUACCUGAUGGAAUUUGAAAAGUUACACAAUCUUGAAAAGAAAGUGAUGCCUGCUGCUGCUGGAAGUUCAUGGAAUCCUCCACCAGAUGAUAUAUAUAAGAUCAAUUGUUAUGGUUCUUUUGAUCCGAAUAAGAGAAUUGGAGGCUAUGGAUUUGUGGUAAGGAACAUGAAUGGAGAGGUUCUCGUGGCUGGGGCUGGGAACAUAUCUUAUGCUUCAUCGGCCUUGCAUACUGAAGCAAUUGCGGCCUACAAGAGUGUCCUCCAUGCAGCUCAACUAGGAAUGUCAAGAAUUAUCUUGGAGACGGAUUCCAUAGUGCUUGCUAAUGCUCUCAAAUCGCCAAAUUUAGAUCGAAGCAUUAUUGGUGCUCUGAUAGUUCAGAUACGAGACAUUAUGUAA